AAUAAGUACAAGAACAUGUUUUCCUAUUGGGGUAAAAAGACGGCAAAUAAGAUUCCAGUUAAAAAUAAGCAAGAUGGAUUCAGUGUUGGUCAAUCGCCUAACAAUUCUGACCUGGAGAGUCAAUUGCUGGUGGAGAGUACAGGAAGACGGAGCGUUAAUGGUAUGAAGCAAACAGCGCCGAUUUCUCCACUAUCGGAGGAGCGACUACAGGAGUUCCAAGAGUUCUUAAGGCGUGUCCAAACAUUGCAAAUGUCUCCGAUCCAAAUGGACCCAAAUGGCUACCCAGAGCAACAACAGCAGGUGGCACAGGCACAGGUGGCACCACGAGGCCAACAAUAUAACCAAUUGGCAGCAGACAUUGAAGUCGGAGUGGAACCAUCCGCUUUGAUGGAACUUGAUGAGCUUGAUGCUGCAGCAGCGAGCAACGACAAAAGGCCGUCUGGCUCUGAACAUAAACUAAUGAGUGCCACUAACAUUCGAGUUACUGUUGGCAUAGAUAAAGAUUUGGAAAUGAUACUCGAAAUGGAUCCGAGCAUUGUAGAUUUGGGUGAUAUAACUGUUAGCGAAACGAGAGAGAGCCGCGUUAUGGGUCUGCCUCCAGUGACGGGUGGACCCACAUUCAAAACUGCGAUGCCCACGUCUCGGACUCAGCUGAAACUUCAACUGCAGCGUGAGCAGCAGCAGCAGGAACAGCAGCAGCUGAUGAUGCAGCAACAGCAGCAGCAGCAGAUGCUGCAGGCGCAGGAUCAAACGAUGCUCAAUGUGUUUGGGAUGCCGCCGAGCUGCUUUGAUUUCGAGGUUACGGAUAGCAAUCGGAGCAGCAGCGCCUGCGGCAGCGGCAGUUCAUCCAGCUUGAAUCAGUCAUCGCAGCUGUGCCAAAAGGAACGGCUGCCCGCCUCCAGUCCUGUGGCACUUAAAGUACCUCUACAGAGCAUAGGUGUGGAUGUGCCGCCUCAGGUGCUCCAGGUGAGCACAGUUCUUGAAAAUCCAACGAGGUAUCACGUUAUUCAGAAGCAAAAGAACCAAGUUAGACAGUAUCUCAGUGAAUCGCUCAAGCCAUCCGUCUGGGGCUGCCAAAAUUUCGAGAGUAAAGCUGGCAACAACUCGGCUUCGACUGGGAAUCUGCAAUGCGGCAGCGAAGUGAACAGAAAUUUGCAUAAUGAGCGACCGAACAGCUUCGGAGGAGAUGCUCCGAGUGUCGGUAAGAAAUCAAUGCAUUCCGAGGAUUCAGCGCUUAUGUCACCAUUCGGAGCCGGCAGCGGAAAUUGCAAUUCAAGUUUUUUUGGCAACGGCAUGGAUGUCCAAAAUGCAGGCGAUGGCAGCGCAAAUCUGCCUAAGGGCUUGUACAGCAAAGCGGCUUUGAAUUCAAACUCAUCUAUAACGGGUCGCAAUUCGGGAAUGGUAAAUAAUACCAUGCGCAGCUCCAACUUCUCUGGGGCCAGUACGGCGAGUCCUCUGCAAUCAACGUCUGCUCCAAUGUCGCCAAGUCUAAGCUCUGUGGCAACAAGUGCGUCCGAGCUACCCUCAUUUGACAGCGAUGCAGACGAUCUCUUUGAUGACAUACUUCAGAACGAUUCAUUUAAUUUCGAUAGAACCUUCGGCUCGGAGCUAUCUAUUAAGCAGGAGCCACAAAAUUUGACUGACGCCGAAAUAAAUGCAUUGGCCAAGGAUCGUCAGAAGAAGGACAAUCACAAUAUGAUUGAGCGACGGCGACGCUUCAAUAUAAAUGAUCGCAUCAAGGAGCUGGGCACUUUGCUGCCCAAAGGCAGCGAGGCCUUCUACGAGGUUGUGCGCGACAUACGCCCCAAUAAGGGCACAAUUCUGAAAUCUUCGGUUGAUUAUAUCAAAUGUUUGAAGCACGAGGUGUCUCGUUUGAGGCAAAACGAAAGUCGUCAGCGCCAAAUGGAGCUGCAAAACAGAAAGCUGAUAUCUCGGAUACGGGAAUUGGAAAUGCAGGCCAAAUCGCAUGGCAUUCAACUCGCCGACUACAAUCUAACAUCUGUAUCUGCGCCGACGCCGGCCAAUUCGUAUCUAAAGUCAUGCCCGAGCCCAACACUUUCGGCAUCUGUGGCACAAAGUCGACACAGUGCCUCGCUCAUGGAGGAUGUCGUCGUCGAGAAUAAGCUUCUUCCGGUGAUAAACAGUGAUCCUGGCAUGGGCCUAAAUCAAAUUGACGAGCUGAUGGAGGACUGCAAGCAUCCGGUGCAGGGCGGUGACCCGAUGCUCUCCUCGCACAGCAGCCAUUUGCUACGGUCCGCCCCGCACUCGCCCAUAGCCAAUGGACAAUGUUUCGGACACAAGAGUGGCUCCGUGGAUGCUGCUGCCAUUUACUGCGCCGCAACAGGUGGCGACUGCAGCUGCGCCGCCGCCUCAUCUGAGAAUUGCCAGCAGCAGCACGCGAGAAGACAGCAGCUGCAUCAUCAGCAUAGAAGAAACGAACAAAGUGCUGCGUUUGGCAUGCUCAACGAUUGCGAUAGCUCUGGACACGAUCCGCUGCUUUCUGCAUCGCAGCAAUCGCAUGCAGUCGAUGAUGAUCAGCACCAGUCUGUGGACUUAUCCUCGGUCAUGAUAAAUGACUCGCUAUCCUCGUUGGUAGACGAGACGAAUCAUAGCGAGCCCAUGCUCUUGGCACCGGACGCCUUGGACAUUGACCUCUGAGCGCAGCAACACAAUCUUUAUUGCCAUGUUGAGUAACUGACCAUGUCGCACAGGCUGACGCACACUUCAAAGUUUUCAUGGAAUAGCUUAGUAUUAUUGCGCUUGCAUUGCAAAAUGCUUGACACUACGUAUAUGAUAAGUAUUAAUGGAGAAAUGCUACAAUAAUCCAGUUGUUAUUUAUCUUUGCGUCACAAAUCGAUCACAUAUAUAUAUAUAUAUAUAGAAUUCAAGUGGAUCGACAUAUAUAUUUAGGCACAUUUGUAUAUGGACUAUCUAUACAAACGCAUUCCAAUGUUCCGGUUACCUUCAAAGGCAACCAAUUUUCAAUUUUCCUGUACUUACUAACGCGUGUACAUGCAGACAUAUAUAUAUAUAUUUUUUUUUUAAAAACAAGUUUAUACACCUUUUUUUGAUGGCAAUAUUCAUGUGUCGCCCAAGUUACCUCCGUUCUCUCGUAUACGACGCAGCCAGUUAACAAUGUAUUAGCAAAUAAUUGAUAUUUAUCUUUAUGUAUUUUUAUGCUGAAUUGAUUUGUUAGCACACACAAACAGCACGCACACAUUGUACAUACAUUUUUAUCUUUUGAUGGCUGCGAGUUUUGUAUUUGUAUAGUUUUUGUUUGUAUGCGUAAUUUAAAGUUGUUGAUUACAAAAUGUUAUAUACAUAUAUAAAGCAAACCCCUCUGUGUUUAAA